AUGGCAUGUGAGAUUUACUCAUGGAGGCUAAACUUUGUCAUAAGACAGGGAGUUAUUACUAAAGAUGUAGUUGAGCUGAGGAAAUCUAUCGGCGCACCUGGAAUGGCCGUCCUCCAGUUUGCUUUUGGAGGCGGCUCUGAUAACCCACAUUUACCUCACAACCAUGAAGUGAACCAAGUUGUAUACUCUGGAACUCAUGACAAUGACACUAUCCGAGGUUGGUGGGAAACUCUGGACCAAUGGACCAAGAAGAAAAGUCUAAGGCAAUGA